CUGGUUUACCGAUUCCACGGAUUCAGCUCCUCAAAUAGAAAUUAGAACGAACUCCUGACUUCAUCUAUCACUGGUACAGAAAUCUACCAUUUCGGAGCAAUGGCUCUAAAUCUCCAUUGUUGCUGUUUAUCAGCUCGUUUCAUUUCUUUCCAUUCAGAAGUUAGAGAUUUUCGUUCCGGUUGUCUGAAUCGCACUUCGAAACUGAGUGCAAAUUCGCUGAAAUUCUCUAGAAUCCGUAGCUCUGCGAAUUCUAACGAUCAAUUGACGCUUAGAACUUGCAGGAAUUGCAAGGCGCAAUUUGAUCCUUCCCUUAAUCAUCCUCGAGCUUGCCGAUUUCAUACUGCUCAUUUUGGAGGUGAAACAAAGCGUAAGUUUGAAAGUGUACACACAGGAGGAACAAUGGACACUCCAGACUCUGGCAAAGUCUUACAAUACUGGCAUUGCUGUGGGUCUGAGGAUCCUUUUGAUCCGGGAUGUACCGCUGCUCCACACUCGUCCUACGACGACGUUUAAUACCAUAGAUCGAACCGACAACCUUUCUCAAGGUCCCCUUCUUUCAUGUAAGUCUUUAAUUUCCUUUUCUUCAUGAAAUCAUGUGUACAUAUUCAUAUCCUAUCUGAAAUGUUGGGUUGGGUAACUUUUUUUGGUCAUCUUUGAGUUGGAAAUUAACGGAAUAUAAUUUUC